UUUCAAAUUCUAAAGGUGGCAGGGGUAAAAUACAGGGAGCGAAAGGCUAUUUACAAUUUUUACAGAAACCAGAUGGCAGUUAUAAGAGUCGAGGGGCAUGAAAGGGAAGCAGUGGUUGGGAAGGGAGUGAGACAGGGUUGUAGCCUCUCCCCAAUGGAAACAAAAGAAAAAAUUGGAUUAGGUAUUAAAAUCCAUGGAGAAGAAAUAAAAACUUUGAGCUUCGCCGAUGACAUUGUAAUUCUGUCAGAGACAGCAAAGGACUUGGGAGAACAGUUGAAUGGUAUGGACAGUGUCUUGAAAGGAGGUUAUAAGAUGAACAUCAACAAAAGCAAAACGAGGAUAAUGGAAUGUAGUCGAAUUAAGUCGGGUGAUGCUGAGGGAAUUAGAUUAGGAAAUGACACACUUAAAGUAAUAAAGGAGUUUUGCUAUUUGGGGAGCAAAAUACCUGAUGAUGGUCGAAGUAGAGAGGAUAUAAAAUGUAGACUGGCAAUGGCAAGGAAAGCGUUUCUGAAGAAGAGAAAUUUGUUAACAUCGAGAAUAGAUUUAAGUGUCAGGAAGUCGUUUCUGAAAGUAUUUGUAUGGAGUGUAGCCAUGUAUGGAAGUGAAAUAUGGACGAUAACUAGUUUGGAAAAGAAGAGAAUAGAAGCUUUCGAAAUGUGGUGCUACGGAAGAAUGCUGAAGAUUAGAUGGGUAGGCCACAUAAGUAAUAAGGAGGUUUCCAGAAUGGAAACAUCCUCCAGGCUGUGGCUAAGCCAUGUCUCCGCAAUAUCCUUUCUUUCAGGAGUGCUAGUUCUGCAAGGUUCACAGGAGAGCUUCUGUUAAGUUUGGAAGGUAGGAGACGAGGUACUGGCAGAAGUAAAGCUGUGAGGACGGGGCAUGAGUCAUGCUUGGGUAACUCAGUUGGCAGAGCACUUGCCCACGAAAGGCAAACGUCCCGUGUUCGAGUCUCGGUCUGGCACACAGUUUUAAUCUUCCAGGAAGUUUCAUAUCACCGCACACUCCGCUGCAGAGUGAAAAUCUCGCCGGCCGCGGUGGUCUCGCGGUUCUAGGCGCGCAGUGCGGAACCGUGCGACUGCUACGGUCGCAGGUUCGAAUCCUGCCUCGGGCAUGGAUGUGUGUGAUGUCCUUAGGUUAGUUAGGUUUAAGUAGUUCUAAGUUAAUGCUGAAAAUUAGGUGGGUAGAUCACAUAACUAAUGAGGAGGUAUUGAAUAGAAUUGGGGAGAAGAGGAAUUUGUGGCACAACUUGACGAGAAGGAGGGAUUGGUUGGUAGGACAUGUUCUGAGGCAUCAAGGGAUCACAAAUUUAGCAUUGGAGGGCAGGAAGCAUGGAGGGUGGAAUUCGUAUAUGUUAGCAUAUUGUUUUGGGACCCACCUUAUACAUACUUUAUGAAACCCAGAUCUGUUGUGGAUGAUUUUGCAGUCAGAACCAUGACUAAUUUGCAGAUGAUGUGCUACUUUGUCAAUAGUUAAUUGUCUGUCUAAGAGAAUCGUUUCAUGUGAGUGCUCAAUGUUUCUUCGUUUGUGGUGGUAAAUGGUCGUCUGGCUCCUUCAUCAUGCGUAACCCUUGUACGACCAUUCCGGAAUUUUUCAAUCCAUUCGUAGACACUCUGUUGUGGCAAAACACUGUUCCUGUACUCUAUUGAAAGUCUUCGAUGAAUACGCCUUCCGACCACAAAAAAUGGAUCACUGAAUGUUUCUCUUCUCCGGUGCAAAUAGACAGGGGAGCAUCCAUGAUUAACAGUACGGCAGCGAUAACAAAACUAACUUAGCAGCAUGAAAAUUGGAAAGAUAUAACAACAAAUAAACAAAGCAUGCGUCAUCAACAUAAAAUGACAGUACUACCAAAAUAAACAAAAAUAUAACUAAAUUGCAGAUAAUAAAUGGUUUACCCUCAUACGUGACUCUGACAUGGAUAUAUAAGCACUGACUGUCUUUCCAAUGUUUGAGCAGUAAAUGGGGAAAUAUGAAAAAAGGUCACGUUGUUACUAAAUGUGUCUAAACAGACUGUUAUUCUUUUCAUGGGUGCUGAAGCACAAACAAUGGUAGUCAUUCAUCAGAGAAUGAAGAAUGUGUAUGGGACAGCAUGUCUGUCAAAAACCACUGUUGUGGAAAGGUGUGCCAAGUUUUGUGCUGGUUGCAAUUCAGCACAAUUUGCCAGUCGAUCUGGGAGGCCAGUCUCAUUCAUUAUGGACAAUAACAACCCCAUGGGGAAUAUUACUAUGCAAUGCUAAAGAAUUUAUGGAAUGCAAUUUAGGCAAAAUGUCCAGGAAAACUGUAACAAGGGGCGAUACUACUUCACGCUGAUGCAGCUCCCCAUGUUGAAAAAUGUCAUAAUGCACUAGUUACAUAGGUUCAAGUGGGAGACUCUCAAGCCCUGUAGUCCUGAUCUCUCCCCAUGCAAUUAUCACGCCUUCAAAAGCUUCAUGCUACAUACAUCCAUGCUUACUAAAGCUGGCUUUUGAAAUACCAUUUCUGAAAAAUAAGCUAUACACACUGUGCUAACAUCCAAACAUUCAUUAUUAUUCUAAUUAUUUAUUUUACUUACUUUUGGUUUUAUGUUUCAAAUUGUUAUUUUACUCUUUUUUACAAUUUCCCAUAGGCGUAUAUGUUAAUUGAGAAUAAUAAGUAACUCAUUAUUAUGAUACAAAGUCAUUACAGUAAUCGUAAUCUGUGAAGAAAAGCUUAAAACAUAACUUUUUUUACACCAUGCACAUAUGAUGAGUGAAAUUUCUUCACAACUUGAUAUAAAACAAAAUUCUCGAAUUGUUGUGGAGUUUCCUCCAAAUAUCCUGACUUGCAUCAGGCAUAUUUAAGAACAGUGGAAAAGCUUGGCAAAGAGAACCGAUUGUAUACUAGUGACUGCAGCUUGAUUAUAUCGGAUCUCAAGUAGAGCAUGAUAUCAUAAUCAUUCAGCAGAAUUAGAACUGAAAAUAUUCUCAUAAAGUUCUUCCAACGUCGAACUCCAUAUAUGGCCAACAGAUGUACCUGACCUUUUGAUCACUAGAUGAACAAGUUCUUUGUCCUUGGAUAUGAUGAUGAAAACAGUUCUUUCACACUGACUACCUCAAGAAUCUAACAAUAACACUGAUUUUUCUUCCAUACUGGGAAAGAAAACUUCUUCCAAGUAUUUUUUGAUCUGGUCAGACAUUAGUUUACCAGAUUUUGAUGCUGUCACAAGAGCAUUUGGGGUUUCAAAAGGAGAUUGUCAAAUUCUUCAUCCAAACUCUCUAUAACUUUAUUUUAAAACUAUGAAAAGGAAGGUAGUCAGUGUGAAAGAACCAUUUUGAGGAACUUACCUAAGGACAAGGAGCUUGUUCAUCUGGUGAUCCCAAAAGGCUCAAUGGGACAGGUGCAGCCGUUGAAUGUGUAUGGUACUUGAUUUUGGGAGGUAUGUGUGAGAAGAUUUUCAGGUCUAUAAGUAAUUCUGCUGAAUAAUUACGAUGUCAAUCUCCACUUGAGAAAUAAUAUAAUCGAGCUGCAUUCACUAGUACGUAAUCAAUUCUCUUAGCCAACGUUUUCCAGUAUUCUGAAAUAUGUUUGAUACAAAUCAUGAUAAUCAGAGGAUUACCCACUACAGUUUGAGAAGCCUAUUGAAUUUUGUUUUCUAUCAUGCUGUCCCUCAUGUGUAUUAUGAGAAGAAAUAUCAUUUAUUUUAUGUGCUUGGUGUAAAAAUGUUGCCAAAACGGCUUUCAUCAGAGUUAGACAACGCACACAAACACAGACACACACACACACACACACACACACACACACACACACACACACACACUCACACACACACAUGGCCAUAGUGGUCAUGAGUGAAUGUGUACUCACACAAACACAACUCACACACACAUGACCAGUCUCUGGCUUCUGAGGCUGGCCUCAGUAACCAGAGACUGUGGUCAUGUAUAGCUUACUUGUUUGACAGUCUUUUUAUUGUACCUAUCUGCGACUCAGCAUCACUGCUGUAUGGUGAAUAGA